AAAAACUUGUUGGUUAUACACUUAAUUAAAAAGUUAAUGUACCUUUUGAGAAGGGGAAAUUGGGUUGGGCCGAGAAGCAUGAAGAAAAUAGUGUGGAGAUUCCAACGCCGACGAGAGAUUCAGCCAUUGAAGUGCAGAAGCUAUGGACGGAGAUUCUGAAAAUCGUGAAAAUAGUGAUUCCACCUUUGUUUGGGAUCACAAAUCGCAGCUUUACUUCCACGCUAGUAGUGGAUUUUACCAUGACCCUAAUGCCGGCUGGUAUUAUAGCAGCAGAGAUGGUGCUUAUUACAAAUUCGAGGACGGGAAUUAUGUACUUUUAGAUUCCAAUAAGGAUGAUAGUGCAGACACAUAUAUGUGCAAGGAAACUACCACAGAAAGUCCUCAACAAUUCUGUGAUGGCAACGACAAUGAGGAUUAUAUUUCCUUUCUUGAAAAUAGAUCUGAAACAAACCAACAGACAAGAACCCUGGCUAAUGAAACACGUGAUGGGACAGGGGGUUGCUACCAAGUGCCGUCUUGUCAUAUCCCCAUAUUUGCACUUUAUGCCACAAAUUCUGGGAGUAGUCCAACUUGUGAAAAGCCACCUCCACCACCAUCAGAAUGGUUAGAGGACACACUUAUUGAUCUUUACUUGUCUGGCUACAAGAAUAUAGCCGUAAGUGAAGCUGAUGGAGUGACAGUGCCGCUUGAAACAGAUGAUAGAUAUAACUCUUUAGCAGCUGAUGCUUACAGCAAAACUUAUGAAGUGGAAGGUGAGUGGAACCCAAACCAAGUAGGUGAAAAUGGCUUAGCUGAUACUAAAAGUACUGUAGAUGAAGGUGUAGCUUACAACAAUUCUUAUGAACUGGAAGAGGGUGAGUGGGUCCCGGACAUGGAGGAUGAAUGUGACAUAGCUGAUAAAAGUACCAUAGAUGAAGGUAUGUUGUUGGAUGAAGAGAAAUGGCGAGCUCAAUAUGGUCAAGUUACUGAAUCAGGGAAAGAUUUGGUUUUAGAGGUUCCAAUUGUGGACUUGUGGGAUUGGGAAAUGGUUACGAGAUCCAAAAGAGAUGAAAAAGAUAAAGUGGCGAGGUUGGUUGGAAGAUUGGUGAAACCAUCUGCAAAACAACAUCCAUCUAUCCCUUCUAGUGGAGGGAAAUUAAGAUCUGCUCCCAUCUGUGAAGCACAUUUAGAUCUGGUACGAGUUAGAACAGGACAAGUGUACAGAUUGCGAAAUCCUAGUGCAAAAUAUAUGGCUUCAUUAUCAACUUAUGAUUCUUCAAAUCCAACAAAACAUUGGGAUUUUCCCCAGCUAUCACCUACUAGAAAAACCACUCAGCUCUCCAAGUCCAGUGAAAGCUCUGCUUCAGUUUCAGAUGAUAUCCCUGUAGAGAAGGAUUUGUCUGCGUUACCAAGUCAGCCCUCUGCAUCUAAGCAAAUUAAACAUCAAUACAGAGAUAGGGCUGCUGAAAGAAGAAUAUUGCAUGGUGGCUUUGGCACGGGUCCAGGACAGAAGAAUCUGUCAGAUGUUUAUAAUACGCCAUCUUCACCUGAUGCUGGUUGUCCUCAAGAAGCUGCAUCAGAGGCCUUGGAGAUGUCAUUUGGAGCAGGUAGUUAUGCCAGAAAACUUCUGAAAAGCAUGGGUUGGAAAGAGGGGGAGGGGCUUGGAAGCUCUACGAAGGGCUUGGUAGAACCUAUUCAACCAGUUGGAAAUGUUGGCACUGCAGGUUUGGGAUGGUCUCGUUGAAACUGACUCACAUAGAAAGCUACUUUUAAAAAUGCAAAACCUAAACCCUAAACCAUGAGUAAAGUAGUGAAAUGUAGUAUACCAUCUUCAACUAUAUUUCCAUUCAAAGCAGAAGCAUCCUUAUGAACAUCAACAGUUAAUGAUCUAAUAUACAAGAGUAAAAAAAAAUGAAAAAAUGGUUUCCUGUAAAAGACUAUAAUGUCAAAUUAGUUUGCAGCACCCCAGCAAUUGUCUCAUUGUUGUCAUUUCUGCAUCAAAUCUUCAUCCUCCAAGUUUUUCUGUUGAAGCUCGUUCUUUAGUCUUUGGACUUCCCGAUCCUUCUCUUCAAUCUUAUCUUGUAAUAUGAGAACCUGGAAUGAAAUCCAUCUUAGGUAAUCCAUCUUUGGUUGGAUUGUAAAAUAUAAAUUUGCAUGUAUUGACCAAGAGUAAUUAAUUGUAACUGUUUUUGGUUAUAAAAUAAAAAAUAUCGGGUAAUUGUCAAA